CCUGUUAGCGAUCCCCAGCCCCAGCUCCCCUGCUGAGCUUCAGGCCUCCCCCCACCAACCCCGUCUCUGCCCCUCAUGCCCCGCCCUCCAGGGUUCCCUGGCUCAGCUACUCAUCCCUGAUGUUGGACAUGCGUCUGCUGCCCCUCGAAGUCUUUAUGGAAACCUUCAAACAUACAAAAACAUUGCCAGACCCACAGUGAACACCCCCCCAUGUAUUUGCUCUCUGCAGUCCGCAGGCCGCCUCACAUGUCCACCUGUCCAUCUCUUUGUUUCAAUGGGAUGGAUUUUAGGUUGGUUCACCACCACGCACUCCCCCAGUCACUGUGUCCUGUGUGUGUCAUUACCCAGAGUUUGGUAGUGGUUUGCAGUCUCCUUUUGGGAACAAGUUCUCCUUUAGUGAAGUGCACAGAUCUUCAGUGAGCCCUUCUGUGAAUGGUGGCAUUCUUGCGCGGGGGGUGCAGACCCCUGCCCAGAGCUUUCCCCGCCCCCGGACAUCUCUCUGCCAGCCUGCCGAGACCCUGCCCUCCCUCCUCGCCUCCUCAGCUGGUCUCCAUCAGCACACAUCAGCCUGGCCGCUGUGGGCUCCUCAUAAAUACACCGUCAGCUGUGCUCCAGUGUCGGGUUCACACACCUGUAAGGCUCGCGACCCACGGGUGCUGCUGCAUGUCCGGCCUCCCCUGGGUGAGCUGUGCUCACUUGCGUGCCUGUGUGCUCUACCUGCCCACCCCCGGCGGGGGACAGCAGUCUGUCUCCAGUGCCCGCCCUGCAGGUGAUGGACAGCAGUCUGUCUCCCAUGCCCACCCUGCAGGUGAUGGACAGCAGUCUGUCUCCAGUGCCCGCCCUGCUGGUGGUGGACAGCAGUCUGUCUCUAGUGCCCGCCCUGCAGGUGGUGGACAGCAGUCUGUCUCUAGUGCCCGCCCUGCAGGUGAUGGACAGCAGUCUGUCUCCAGUGCCCGCCCUGCUGGUGGUGGACAGCAGUCUGUCUCCAGUGCCCACCCUGCAGGUGAUGGACAGCAGUCUGUCUCCAGUGCCCGCCCUGCAGGUGAUGGACAGCAGUCUGUCUCCAGUGCCCGCCCUGCUGGUGGUGGACAGCAGUCUGUCUCCCGUGCCCGCCCUGCAGGUGAUGGACAGCAGUCUGUCUCCCGUGCCCGCCCUGCUGGUGGUGGACAGCAGUCUGUCUCUAGUGCCCACCCUGCAGGUGAUGGACAGCAGUCUGUCUCCCGUGCCCGCCCUGCAGGUGAUGGACAGCAGUCUGUCUCCCGUGCCCACCCUGCAGGUGACAGACAGCAGUCUGUCUCCCGUGCCCGCCCUGCUGGUGGUGGACAGCAGUCUGUCUCCUGUGCCCGACCUGCUAGUGGGGGACAGCAGUCUCUCUGCAGUGUGGGGCCCUGAUAAAUGAACCUCCUAGUGACGUCAGGUCCAAGUCUGUGUGUGGAUGUGUUGUCAGGGCUCUGCGACCUGUGCUGUGUGCCCAGAUUCAUGCGUGCCCCUCAUUGGAGCCCUCCACGUGGGUUCAGAGGGUGUCUGUACAGGGCUGCAGCCGCCGGUUGGGCUGCCUGGCCUUGGUCCCUGGGGUCCUGGGAUCAGUGGGGAGGACACGGGUCCUGGGGGGCGAUGGUCCUGUUGGUGUUUCUUUUUGCCUUCACUCCCAUGGGACAUAUUGGCUGUAAGUUGAAGGUGACGGGAGUCGGCCUCAGGACUGGUGGGUCACUGGAGAAGCCUUUGCAGCUCUGUCUGAGGGUCUGGGGGUGGAAGGUGGUGGGAGCAUGGGGUCAAGCCCGGGACACCAGAAAAUGGUCACUCGUACCAGGAAAAACAAGGUGUGCAGUAAGGGAAGUGUGCUUCUGGAGCCGUGCUCAGCCAGCGGGGCCCAGUGUGUAGGUAGUCGCAGCAAUUAAAGAGCUGAGCACUCAGGUGACCGGAGACCAGCGCCACGCUGCCCUGUGGGCACAGGAGUCCCUGAGUGCGUGGUCAGCAAACAUCCUGGAACUCGGGAGACUAGAGAGACACGGCCGUGCGGAGCACCCACUGGCCGCUGUCAGCCUGUGGGCCGGUUCAUCUCCCAGUCGCGGGUGAGAGGUCAGUCCACUCCUCGGGCCCACUGUGGGUGGCCAAGGAGCAGCCACUGACUGCCGGGCACCAGCCCUACCUGUGGGCAGGUCGCAUCCUGUAAUUUACCGGCAGGGGUGAUGCCUCGUGGGUCCCCGGGCCAAGGGUCAAAGGGGCUGGGAGGAGCUUGGCAUCUCCAUGCCUUCCAGCUGGGGCUUCCGCUGCGUGGGCGGGGAGGAGCCCCGAGCAGUGGCCAGCAAGCGAUGGUGCCAGGGCCCUCUGUGUGGCUCUGGGGCUCUCUCUGAGCCCUGCCCACGCUUCUGUUGCUCUGCUCUGAUGGUCCGUGGGUGACAAGAAAGGGAGCGAUUUCUGCUGUAGGAAUUCCUGGGGCUUGUGACCUGGGAGGCCCCCGCCCUGGACCUCAGGAGUCUGAAUGUGCUCCUGGAAGACCCGUGGCCGGGCGGGAGCGGCCAGAGUGGUCCCAGCUGUUCAGGGGGUGUGGGAGCCGCCAGUGCCUCAGCUCCCAGAGCAGGCUGGGGCCAGGCCUGCGUGGGCCGCGCUGGGGGGGCCGCUGUCCCUGCCUGUGGGGGCCUGCUGGGCACCUCGGGCUGUGGGUCCUGCUCUUUUUUAUUUGUUGGCUGAGUGGCUUGUGGGGUCUCAGUUCCCCGAGCAGGGGCUGAACUUCGGUCCUGGCAGUAGAACCGUGGAGAAUCCAUUGGCCUGCCAAGGAAUGCCCCCUGCUUUUCCUUGUUUCUUUGGUAAUCUGAUGUCAUCAUUUAGCUUUUGUAUGGAAUGGAGAGUGAAAAUAAAAAUAGAAUAAAAGCAGGUCAGAGACGCUUUUGAAAUUGUUAACUCACAGGGAGACGGGGAGUGUGCUCGCCCGGCCUGCGUUCCGCCCGAGUUCACCCCAGGCCAUCCUGCCGGCGCGCCUGCCAGGGCCGCCGUGGCCGUGGGCGCGUGUGUCAGACGUGCAGCCUGUGUCCGGCACGGAGCGCUGACUCUGCGUACUGACCCAGUUUUGCAGAAAAGCACAGGAGUUUGCUGUCCUCGCCAUAGGCCUCAUUUCAGGAAUAGAACGAGAUUGAGGAGGGUGUUCCAAAUGGGCCACUGCUCCAGCUCGUCCCCCUGCCAGGCUCUGAUGGAGAGUUGUUUGAGCUCUAUAGAGAAAACUGAUGUAAGAACCAUACUGAGUUCCCAUCCAGCUUGUAGAAACUCCCACUGCGUUCACGUCCCCUCCACCUCGGGGGCAGCGCCUAUCUCUGGAAUCCGAGUCCACGUCCACCGUGGCUCCAUGACUGGCCGCGUUCUGAAAGUUUUAGAUCCUCUGGAUUUUGGAAGUGCAAGCAAGACUUCACGUUUGAAAGUGGGAAGACAGGCAGUGUCAGCCACGCCUUUCCCAGCUUUGCGCUGGGAGGUGGUCCUCUCCCUCCCUGGUUCACCGAAACCUUCUCACCGUCGUCUUGCCGCUGCUCUGUGCCAGGGGCCCCUCCUCAGGCGGUCCCACGAGCCCAGGCCCUGGACCUCAGAGCCUGGCUGGGGGCAGAUGACCUAGGUCCAGAUGCCGAAGAAGAGCAUCCUCUGACCCAGGAGGCUGGUGCUGCUGUCCCAGCGUCCUUUCCCAGGCACGUCGGGGGGCUGGCUGGUGCAGUUGGCCUCAGGGGCAUCUGGGUCACGUGACACACACUCAGCAGGGGCCUGGCGUGUGCAGAUGGUUACUGCUGGCAUCUGUGUUUGCUCACGGCUCGGACGCCCUGGUGUGGGUUUUCCUCAGGAGCAGCUCUCCGGGCACUAUGGACACCACCUGGGCAUCCGAUAGCCGCCGCCCAGAGCGAGCACAGGCCCCUGCGGGUGCCGGCGACCCCGCCUUCCGCCUGGCCUGACUGCAGGCCUGAGUCCCCACAGGCCCUCCUGGGCCUGAUGCUUGCUGGAAUGGCUCAGGGCCCCGGCAGGCGCUUUGCUGCCCGUUCCCUGUUGAUCUGUGAGCCGGGUCCGCAGGGCAGGGCAUGACGUGGGGGCAUCUGGGCGGUGCCCCUCUCCUGGAUCCUGCGGGUGCUCCCAGCCCGAACUCCCAGACCCCCUCCAUCCGGGGUGUGAGUGGAGGCUCCGUUCCAUGGUGGGACUGCUUAACCCCUGACCUUGGGAGAUUACCAGUGUCUCCACUCCCUCCCUGUUCCAGGAGGUCAGAGGUCAGGGGUGGGGUGUAGGUCACCUGACUGGUGUGAACCCAGGUGAGGCUGAAAGGGGCUUGUUAUGCACAAAAGAAGCUCCUCUCACCCUCCACUCAGGGAACCCUGGGUCCUUGCGGCUCGGUGCCGGGGACGAAGACCAGGUGGAUGCUUGUUGUGGCAUCAGGGUGUCUCUGCAGGGUGGCUGCGGAAA